GGAGUGAGUGAGCACACCGAGGCUUCACUUUCCAAUAUGCAACCUGCGAGACGCCACGCCGUCAGCUAGUUGUGCUACUGACACUGAGAGAGAGAGAAAGAGAGGAGGCAGAGAUGGAGGUACAGUAGUGGAGCCGCACAGAACAGCACAGCUCGUGAAUGUAGCACAACACAAAAGAAAGAGCAACAUCUUUGUGCACGAGUCAGAAGGAUAUUUUUGGCCGGGAGCGUCGCCGCGACUCGACAGUGAUGUCUGUGGGCAAAAUUUUGUUUAGUGACAAAAUACGGAUUAAUCUGAGGCUGUGAAUUCAUCGGAGACAUCACUGCUGUGAGGACAGAUUGGGAAACCUGAAAGGUGCAAAUCGCAUACCAUACAUUUGUGAUUUGAGGUGAGACUACUUUGACCCUACAAAAUUGAAGAUGAUGUUUCUAUGGAAACUGCUGGUGCUGCACUCACUUUUGGCCUGCCUUGGAGAGAGCAGUGUCCUGCAGAGUCCUGUCUUCACCAAGCAGCCAGGCAGCAUUGUGUAUCCUGUGGAGACUCUGGAGAGGAACAGGGAGGUGGUGUUCAGCUGUGAAGCCCAGGGAAGCCCACCUCCCAUCUACCAGUGGAAACUGAAUAGCACAGAAAUCAGUCCCAAGUCUGGAUCUCACUACAGCCUUUCUGGAGGCAACCUCAGAAUCAGCCAUCUGAACAAAGACCAAGAUGCUGGAACGUAUCAGUGCUUCGCCUCCAACUCUUUCGGGACCAUCGUCAGCCGAGAGGCCAGUCUAACCUUUGCAUACUUGGAAAACUUCAAGACUCACAGAAGAAGCUCUGUAUCAGUCCGUGAAGGUCAAGGAGUGGUUCUGCUGUGCGGCCCUCCACCACAUUCUGGAGAUCUCAUAUUUUCCUGGAUCUUUAAUGAGUACCCGACAUUUGUGAAGCAGGAUACUCGCCGCUUCAUCUCACAGGAGACAGGGAAUCUGUACAUCGCCAAAGUGGAGCCCUCAGAUGUUGGGAAUUACACCUGUGUGGUGACCAACACUGUCACAAAGACCCGAGUCCAGGGUCCACCCACUCCAUUAGUGCUCCGCAGUGAUGGUGUGAUGGGUGAAUAUGAGCCAAAGAUUGAAGUUCAGUUUCCAGAGGUUGUUCAUGUUGCCAAAGGAUCCACUGUGAAGCUGGAAUGCUUCGCUCUGGGAAACCCAGUACCAUCUAUAAACUGGAGGAGAGUGGACAGUGUACCCUUCCCCAGGAAAGUGGACAUGAGGAAAGCCAGUGGCGUCUUGGAAAUCCCAUAUUUCCAGCAGGAGGACGCCGGCACGUACGAGUGCAUAGCCGAGAACUCCAGGGGAAUGAACACAGUGAAAGGAAAGCUCUCUUUCUACGCCCCUCCUCAUCUCAUUGAGAAACCCCAAGAUGUCCAGAAGCUCAUUGAUGACUCGUUGGUUUGGGAGUGUAAAGCCACAGGGAAGCCAAAGCCUUCUUACAGGUGGAUGAAAAAUGGAGAGAACCUGGAGUCUGCAGAGGAGCGCAUACAGGUUGCCAAUGGGGCAUUGUCAAUCAGUCGUCUUACCCUGUCCGACACAGGAAUGUACCAGUGUGUGGCUGGGAAUAAGUACGGCGAGGUCUACUCCAAUGCAGAGCUCCGAGUUAUAGCUGUUGCCCCAGAUUUCUCUCACAACCAACUGAGGAGCCAGACACUGGUGAAGGUAGGAGGAGAUGUGCUUGUUGAGUGCAAGCCCAAGAUGUCUCCUUGGGGUGUGGUCUCUUGGCGGAAGGGCAGCGAACCACUCCAAGAAAGUAACAGGCUCUCCAUUCUGGACAACGGUAACCUUCGGAUUUGGAAUGUGACCAAAUCUGAUGCAGGUCUCUACACCUGUGUGGCAAGAAACCAGUUUGGCGUGGCAAGCAGCACAGGAAGCAUCACAGUUAAAGAGCCAACCAUCAUAACCACCCUGCCAUCCACGCUGGACGUCACCGUGGGGGAGAGUGUGGUCCUGCCCUGUCAAGUGAGCCAUGACCCAUCUCUGGAGCUCAAGUUCACCUGGUUCUUCAACGAGCAGCUCAUCCACUUCGGGAGCCACGGUGGAUUUUUUGAAAAAGUGGGAGGUCAGCAUUCGGCAGGAGACAUUAUGAUUCGAAAUAUCCAGCUGAGGCAUGCAGGGAAGUACACGUGCGCUGUGCAAACGAAGGUGGACAGCAUUUCCAUUGCUGUUGACUUGGUUGUCAGAGGUCCCCCGGGCCCCCCCACCAGCAUCCAUGUAGAAGAAAUCACUGAUACCACAGCCGCUCUGUCCUGGAGGCCUGGUCCUGAUAAUCACAGUCCAAUUACGGCAUACACCAUCCAGGCCAGGACACCAUUUUCCCUCGGGUGGCAGGCUGUCACUACAGUUCCUGAGGUGGUGGGGGGCCACCGGCUGACAGCUACAGUAAUAGACCUGAGCCCUUGGGUGGAGUAUGAGUUUCGAGUCCUAGCAAGCAACACCAUCGGGACCGGCGAGCCCAGCAAGCCAUCUAAACAAGCAAGGACAAAGGGGACCUCUCCAAAGGUCACACCAGCUAAUGUGAGUGGAGGCGGUGGCAGUCGCUCCGAAUUAGUCAUCACAUGGGAGCCGGUUCCAGAAGAGCUGCAGAAUGGACCGGGGUUCGGCUAUGUUGUGGCUUUUCGACCCCGCGGUGCCACAGGAUGGAUGCAGGCUGCCGUACCGUCCGCUGAAGCAUCCAGAUACAUCUUUAAAAACGAGAGCAUUCAGCCCUUCUCGCCUUUCCAUGUGAAGGUCGGCGUUUACAACAAUGAGGGGGAAGGGCCGUUUGGGCCUGUUACCACUAUCUACUCCGCUGAGGAAGAGCCUGGCCGAGCGCCCACCAGGGUCCGUGCCAAGAGCCUGUCUGCAUCCAACAUUGAAGUUUCGUGGAAAGCUCUGCCCUGGAAUGCCAGCAAGAAAAGAGUUCUGGGCUAUGAGCUGAGGUACUGGAGUAGAAGUGAAAGGGAAGACACGGCCAGUGUGCAAAGGACUGUAGGAAAUCAAACGUCUGCUAUUAUCCAUGGGGUGAAAGGCAGCACCACAUAUUACAUCUCGGUGAGGGCGUAUAACACUGCUGGAACGGGGCCUCCCAGCACCACUGUCAACGUUACCACCAAAAAACCACCACCCAGCCAACCACCAGUUAAAGUGAUGUGGAACACAUCAGACUCGAAGAUUAUAUUGAACUGGGAGCAGGUCAAAGCCCUGGAGAAUGAGUCAGAGGUCACUGGUUACAAAGUGCUUUACAAGAAGAAUAGACACAGCCGUCCCAAUGUCAUGGAAACCAACACCACCUCUGUGGAGCUUGCCCUCCCCACUGAUGAGGAUUAUAUCAUCCAGAUAAAACCAUUUGGAGAGGGAGGGGAAGGCAGCAGUAGCAGGCAGAUCACCAUCCCAAGGAUACCAGGCCCCAACGCAGUCGGCUCAGCAUCCAAGGUCUCCACUCUGUCAGCCCUCAGUACAAUAGCACUGUCUUUCACAGCGCGGACAUCUUUAUGACAGACAGCUCCUAGCAGACGGUGCAUCUGAUGUGCAGACAGCUCUAUGGUGGAACGCAAACACAGCCCACUCUGGUGUAACUACAUCCAUUAAUUUAGAUUUUAGAGGCAGAAGGAAGACGCUGGCGAAAAAAAAAAAAUAUGCCAUUGAGAUGACAGGGAAGGAGUCCCCUUCAGCACCCAGGCUAAGUAAAGGCGAUUGACCGAUGUCGUGACUAUGUUGUUACCAAAGCAGCUUUCAUAUGGAAAAAAAUAAAGAGAAAAAUGUCUUAUAUGCAUCUUUUUGUAUGACAUAUUGAGCUUUUAUAGAUUUUUUUUUCUUAAUCAAUUUGAAGUCGGUCUGGGCUUUCUGGGGCGAGAACAAUUGAGUGCAUGGCAAAUAACAUCAUCAAAUUUUCCAGUCUGGAGGUUAAAAAUGUGAUUUGACAGCGCACCUUUUGUCUUCUAAAAUAAGAUAAUAUUUGUACUUUGGUUCUAACAAGCCAGAGUGUUUUUUUUCUUCAUGUGAAAGAACUAUUAACUUUUAUCUGCAUCUGCAUUUCUGUUUCUGCAAUAUUUCAAAAAUAUUUCACUCAAAUGACUGCAUCGACAUGUUGGGUGAUUGUCAUUAUUGGUCAUCUUACCAAGUACUGUAUAUGUGAAGAGAGGAUUAGCAUUUAAAAUGAUCUGUCUCUAGACAGCACAUGCUAAUGCUUUACCAUACUGGUGAAGUGUUAGCGUUAGCAAACUGGAUGAAGCCAGCUAAAGUUGAUUCAAAAUGGAUUUCACUAAUGUGGAGGACUAAGAUUUUCUUUGUGUAUGUCAUGAAUCUGCAGAAAAUGUAGACUAAAGAACAAUACUAACUUAAUUAACUUCAACUCCUACAUCAGAUAAUGCUAACUGGCACUAAUUACAUAAUCGAUAGGUUGGGAUUUUUGUCAAAUCUGUCUUAAUGCAAUACUCGUAUACCAUAUGUACAUCGAGUUAUGAGUCGUCAUAAUCAUUCCUCCUGUCUUCCGUGGCCCUUCGCAGCACGAUUACACUGCGAAAGAUGGGGGAUGAAAUCCAUAGUCCUUGUUCUGUGCAAAAGAGCCUUCUAAAGUUCAGUUAAGGUUUAGAUGAGGUUGUAGCAGUCUGAGUUAGCUAAAUCAAAUAGCUAUCUUCCAAAGUUUUGUUCUUUUUCAUACGAAAUCCCCUCUUUGUGUUUCUCCAAAUGUUUCCUUGCUGAGACGCAGCAGAGGGAUACAUCCUGGUAGUUCCAUGUAAGUUUGUUGUUAGAAGUUCAGAGAGUAGUGUGGUUUUAUUGUCAGUGUAUUAUCCUAAGGAGGACUGCAGACUAUAUUAUAAUUGCACUCAGAAGGGAUCAUUUCACAGCCAGUAUGGACAGACGGAAUUAUUACAGCGACCAGUAACUCAGCAUAAAUAUGGCAUGAAACAAAAAAGAAAAAUCCAAACCUUAAUAUGCAGGAUGCCUUAGCCUGUCAUGUUUUCAGUGCCAGUCCUCUCAGGGAAGGUGACCAAGAACUCCCAAAAAGUUGAUGGAGUCCUUAAAGCCAUUUAUGUGAUAGUUACUGAGUUUGGUACCAGAAAUAGCACCAUGCUGUUUUGGAGAGUGUCUCCCCUGGGUUCCUCUACUUUGGCUAUUGAACUGCACUGGUGACUGGACCCUUGUGGCUGUCUCAUGCUCCUCAUUCUUUUGGUUAGCCCUGUGUCUAGAGCUAUUCUUUACCUUCUGUGUGCCUCAUCAUAUGUUCAAACUCCUCAGGUCCUUAAAGAGCCUUAACUUAUCAUUUGUAUAUCAAAAACAUUAGAAACAUAGAACUAUGAAGCAGCCUUGAAGACCCCAAGGUGUUGAUAGUUACUGUAUGUGGUUGGGAUGGGGGGGGGGGCAGCAUCCUUUGUGCAAUGCUGAGGUUACUAAAGUUAGUUUGAAUGGCAUUCUGCUGUUUCGCAUGGGAUAUUGGCAAUAUAUGAGGCCUGGUGCAUUUUUAUAGGUGUGUAUUCUUAAUAAAAGACAAUGCUGCUGAUCUUUUCCUUUUUCCAUAGUCUCCUGAUGCCAUGUGGGAGUGCUGUACUACAGAGGUACAGUGCAGUCUGUAUGUAGCUUCUAAUCCAGUUAAAUAGUUUGUACUUUGAAUGGAAGUGUACUGUAGGGUACUGGUUCUUGCUCAGAAUCAUGCAUCAAGAAAUGUGUAAUAUACUGUUUUGUACACUUCAAAUCAUUUAUAUAAAAGAACCUUUGUAAAGAGAUGAUUUACUUGGUUUUUAUGUAAUAACUGUUUCAUACUGUAGCUAACUUGCUCAGCAUGACUGUACUUUGUCCUCUCUCUUCUGUCCAUCUGCAAACUGACUGAAUGGCUUUAGGAACAUGCAAGGUUCAUACAUCUGACAAGUUUGUGUAUACCGUAUGUGUACCAUGAAAUCUGAACCAUAACCAGCCCCAUGUCUAUGCUUCUGUCUCAGUCAGGCCCUCUGAGAUGUACUGGGUUUACUGUCCAUAUACGCGCUACAUGAGGGUUUCCUCUGUUGCUGUUUGUUGUUUAUACUGUGUUAAUAAAGAUGAUUGAUUUAUAAAAGGA